AUGGGGUCUUCCGAUUCCGACGUGCUCAGUCACGAUCCCAAUCACAAUGUUAGCAGCCUAGACGAUGAACCGCUGCCUUCCCCGGGCUUCGAUCUACCCUCCGAAACACCCUCAAUCCAGGGCGACGUGGAUCCAAAGGACUCGAUCGAUAUCCUCCCUCGAGACCAGCAGCAGAAGACCGCUACCUAUGACUAUGCCUACGAAAAAUCCUUGAGCCACGCAGAAGCAAAGCUCUUCUAUCAGCACCAUCAGCUAGCAGUUCGCAAAGGCUCGAUGCUGGCCGAGUCUGAUUGGAAUCUGGAUUCCUCCGUACAAGGCACAGAUGGCGCGAGCCACGAUGGCCAGUUAGAUCACUCCGUGGGUUCAUUGAAUGUUCCUGGUAUUUCUCUGUCGGUGGGGGAGAAUCCUGCGUCAACAGGCCUGGGAAUCAUCUCUCAGGGACCCGGUGGCGAUGCCAUUACCUCGGAGUUGAAUGCUAUCUACCGUAAGAUCAAGGGUCUGUUGCAUCGACGUGCGAAAUACAUGACGUUGUCACAGCAGAGACCCGGUGAUGAUCCGCGAAAUCAGGAGGACUGGGAAAUUUAUCCUCCUCCGCCGGAGCCGGCGUGGCAUGAUGGGAAAGAGUUCCAGCCUGAAAAUACUGGGGAACCGUCAGAUCUGACUGGAAAGAAGAGGAAGAUGGGCCAAGACAUUGGUGAAGAUUUUGACAUGGACGAAUUCUCGCUACCGGAAGAGUCUUCAUGGACCUAUCGCUUGGAUAGCAAUAGUGUCUACCAAGUUUUCCCAUCGGAAGACGCAGCAGAUCGACAAGAGCCCAUCGUGCGGAUUCCAUCUCUGCGUGAUUUCUACAUGGACCUCGAUGCCGUUGUGGAUGUUUCCUCGGAGGGUCCAGCCAAGAGUUUUGCUUUCAAACGUCUCUCCUACUUGGAAGGCAAGUUCCAACUGUAUACCCUCCUCAACGAGUACCAGGAAAUCGCGGACAGCAAGAAAGUGCCCCACCGAGAUUUCUAUAACGUGCGUAAGGUCGAUACUCACGUUCACCACUCGGCUUGCAUGAAUCAGAAGCAUCUAUUGCGCUUUAUCAAGAGCAAGAUGCGGAAGUCCCCCGACGAAGUUGUUCUCUUUCGAGAUGGCAAGCAUCUCACUCUUCGUGAAGUAUUUCAAAGUAUCAACCUCACAGCCUAUGACCUCAGUAUUGAUACUUUGGAUAUGCAUGCCCAUACUGAUUCUUUCCAUCGGUUUGACAAAUUCAAUCUCAAGUAUAACCCCGUUGGCGAGUCUCGUCUUCGUGAGAUCUUCUUGAAGACAGAUAACUACAUCAAGGGUCGAUACCUGGCCGAGAUCACCAAAGAAGUCAUUUCCGACUUGGAGUCCAGCAAGUAUCAAAUGGUCGAAUGGCGAAUUUCCAUCUAUGGUCGUUCGGCGGAUGAAUGGGACAAAUUGGCCGCCUGGGUCGUCGACAACAAACUCUUUUCCCCCAACGUUCGCUGGUUGAUCCAAGUGCCUCGACUAUACGAUGUUUACAAGUCCAGCGGUAUGAUGGAGAACUUCGAACAGGUCAUUACAAAUGUCUUCCAACCGCUCUUCGAGGUGACCAAGGAUCCCUCUAGUCACCCGAAGCUUCACGUAUUCCUCCAGCGCGUGGUCGGAUUCGACAGUGUGGAUGACGAGAGUAAGGCCGAGCGUCGACUGUACCGAAAGUAUCCUAUUCCACGGGACUGGAGCACCAAGCAGAACCCUCCGUACAGUUACUGGCUCUACUUUAUGUUUGCCAAUAUGGCCUCACUCAACAACUGGCGGAAGCAGCGCGGAUUCAACACAUUCGUUCUACGACCACACUGUGGUGAAGCGGGUGAUCCUGAUCAUCUCGGUGUUGGAUUUUUGUGCUGCCACAGUAUCAGUCACGGAAUUUUGUUACGCAAGGUACCCUUGCUGCAAUACCUGUACUACCUGGACCAGAUCGGCAUUGCGAUGUCCCCGCUCAGCAACAAUGCCCUUUUCUUGACCUACGACAAGAACCCCUGCGCCAGUUUCUUUAAGCGCGGUCUGAACGUGUCACUGUCCACCGACGACCCACUUCAAUUCGCAUUCACAAAGGAACCCUUGAUUGAGGAAUAUUCCGUCGCGGCUCAAAUCUACAAAUUCAGUGCCGUCGAUAUGUGUGAACUGGCCAAACACUCUGUCGAACAAAGUGGCUUUGAGCUGUCCUUGAAGAAGAGAUGGCUGGGCUCCAAUUACAGUCUUCCCGGACUCUCCGGAAAUAAUGUUGCAAAGAGCAAUGUGCCGGAUAUCCGCGAAGCAUUCCGACAUGAAACAUUGCAGGCGGAAUUGUCUUUGAUCGAGCGUUACUCUGAAGGCUACACAGCUGAGGAGCCAAAUGCCUUGGCACCGGGUCUCCUGCAUACUGUCAAGCAAGCAUCGGCAAAGGGAUCUCAUACUGCAGCUUAA